CGUUGGGACACCAGUUUAUUGGACUAGAUUGUGUUAACAGACGUGAAUAAGAUUGUUUCUUGAAAGGAUUUUAAAUGUGAUAUGUAAAGUAACCGAACAUAGAAACAUCGCAUUAUUUCUUCGCUGCCGACGGAAAAUGCGACUUGGCAUGUUUGCUCUGUUUCUAUCUUAUUUUCCGAAGUCCUGUCGCUUUUAGUUAAUUAGUGUUCGUUUUUAUAUCCUUUUGUAUUGCAUUGGCAUCCGCAGAUGUGUAACUUACCGUCAAAUCAUCAAGUUACACUGGAUGGCAGUGAUACAGACAUAACGGACUCAUUGUCCACAAACGCUGAGUACGAAGAACUGAAGGGUCUUCAAGCUCUGGAACGAAGAUACCAUCAACGAGAAGGAGAUAGUAUGAGUGUCAAAUCAUUGAGAACUGUCAACUACAAAUCAACAUCAUUAUGUCAGCCAAAAUUAGAUCAUAUUUCAUCAACCUGUUUGUCGAAAAAGCCCAACUUAAGCUACAAAUUGUCAUCAACUUUUAUUAAAACAUGGGAGUCAAAUAAAAUAGCGUUGGCUGACGCAAACAGUUUGAUUAAAAAGUUGAAUAGAGAAUUAACAGACUGCAAAUUGGAAUUAGAAACUUUACGAAGGCAACAUAAAACUCAAGCUGUACGACUUAAUAAAGUUGUGUCACGAGAAGGUGGUAUUUCGAAGAGCUUAGCAGGAGAACAGAGGGAGAUGUCGGUGAGUGUUGAAAUAAAUUUUCAUUGUUGGUUAUGAGGUAGUGUGUCAGUUGCAACACAUGAUUCGAGUUGAUUAGUUGAUACAUGUUGAUGGAGUAUGAGGAGGAUUUGUAGAGUGCAAUGAAGUGUUCGUGUUUUGAAGUUAGCAUGAAUUGCGGUGUGUUAGUGUGACAUAGAUGGAUUAAAGCAUGACUACGUUGCUGCGCACUGAUUGGCUAAUUUCCUAUCCAAUCAGCGCCUGAUCUAUCCUUGGAGAACAAGGUAGAAACUUCUCGUGUUGUUACCUGCACGCUGAUUGGCUAAAUCUAAUCCAGUUGAUCACGUGAAUUACUAUCCAGAAGCUU